GGAAGGCAUUAGGCAUGGAGGGAGGGAGAGAGAAAUGAUCCCCCCCCAGGACAGAAGUCUUGGCCCAGCUGGGCUGCGAGUGGGCAGCCAGGCUGGCCCCUCCCUUGGUGGUGCCAAUACCAGCUGCCAGGCAGAAGGAGGCCCAGAGGAGAAGGAAGCUGGGCAAAGGGGAUGGAAGGCUUCCAGUCCAGCCUUGCCCAACUCUGCAGGCCCCUUCUGGGGCUCUCAGGGAGGGGCUGUGACCCAGGCAAGGCGCAGAGAGGGUGUUCCCUGCUCCGACAAGGCCUAUCUGCAGUCCUGAGCUUGUGAGGAUUCAAGACAGCCCUCCUUAGACCUUUCUGAAGUAACAGCCGUCGCCGCCGCCGCCAGGAGCCCGGGCCGGGAGCUAGAGCCACGGGCGCAGAGCCUGCCCCGCAGCAGGACAGCUCCGCGCCACCAGGUGAACGGACAUGGCGGGCUGGAUCCAAGCCCAGCAGCUGCAGGGAGAUGCGCUGCGCCAGAUGCAGGUGCUGUAUGGGCAGCACUUCCCCAUCGAGGUCCGGCACUACUUAGCGCAGUGGAUCGAGAGCCAGCCGUGGGAUGCCAUUGACCCGGAAAAUCCCCAGGACCAAGCCCAGGCCACCCAGCUCCUGGAGGGCCUGGUGCAGGAGCUGCAGAAGAAGGCAGAGCACCAAGUCGGGGAAGAUGGGUUCUUACUGAAGAUCAAGCUGGGGCACUAUGCCACGCAGCUCCAGAACACGUAUGACCGCUGCCCCAUGGAGCUGGUCCGCUGCAUCCGGCACAUUCUGUACAAUGAGCAGAGGCUGGUCCGGGAAGCCAACAAUGGUACCUCUCCUGCUGGGAUCCUGGUUGAUGCCAUGUCCCAAAAACAUCUUCAGAUCAACCAGACUUUUGAGGAGCUGCGACUGGUCACUCAGGACACAGAGAGUGAACUGAAGAAGUUGCAGCAGACUCAAGAGUACUUCAUCAUCCAGUAUCAGGAGAAUCUGAGGAUCCAGGCCCAGUUUACCCAGCUGGCCCAGCUGAACCCCCAGGAGCGUCUGAGCCGGGAGACGGCCCUCCAGCAGAAGCAGGUGUCCCUGGAGGCCUGGCUGCAGCGCGAGGCCCAGACGCUGCAGCAGUACCGCGUGGAGCUGGCUGAGAAGCACCAGAAGACCCUGCAGCUGCUGCGGAAGCAGCAGACCAUCAUCCUGGAUGACGAACUGAUCCAGUGGAAGCGGAGGCAGCAGCUGGCCGGGAACGGAGGGCCCCCCGAGGGCAGCCUGGACGUGCUGCAGUCCUGGUGUGAGAAGCUGGCCGAGAUCAUCUGGCAGAACCGGCAGCAGAUCCGCAGAGCUGAGCACCUCUGCCAGCAGCUGCCCAUCCAGGGCCCAGUGGAGGAGAUGCUGGCUGAGGUCAAUGCCACCAUCACAGACAUCAUCUCAGCCUUGGUGACCAGCACAUUCAUCAUUGAGAAGCAGCCCCCUCAGGUCCUGAAGACGCAGACCAAGUUUGCAGCCACCGUGCGCCUGCUGGUGGGCGGGAAGCUGAACGUGCACAUGAACCCCCCUCAGGUGAAGGCCACCAUCAUCAGUGAGCAGCAGGCCAAGUCUCUGCUCAAGAAUGAGAACACACGCAACGAGUGCAGCGGAGAGAUCUUGAACAACUGCUGUGUGAUGGAGUAUCACCAAGCCACUGGCACCCUCAGCGCCCACUUCAGGAACAUGUCGCUAAAGAGGAUCAAGCGUGCUGACCGGCGAGGUGCAGAGUCUGUGACGGAGGAGAAGUUCACAGUCCUGUUUGAGUCUCAGUUCAGUGUAGGCAGCAAUGAGCUUGUGUUUCAGGUGAAGACCCUGUCCCUUCCCGUGGUUGUCAUUGUUCAUGGCAGCCAAGACCACAAUGCUACUGCCACCGUGCUGUGGGACAACGCCUUUGCUGAGCCGGGCAGGGUGCCGUUUGCCGUGCCUGACAAAGUGCUGUGGCCGCAGCUGUGUGAGGCGCUCAAUAUGAAAUUCAAGGCCGAAGUGCAGAGCAACCGGGGCCUGACCAAGGAGAACCUGGUGUUCCUGGCGCAGAAACUGUUCAACAGCAGCAGCAGCCAUCUCGAGGACUACAACAGCAUGUCCGUGUCCUGGUCCCAGUUCAACAGGGAGAACUUGCCGGGCUGGAACUACACCUUCUGGCAGUGGUUCGAUGGGGUCAUGGAGGUGCUGAAGAAGCAUCACAAGCCCCACUGGAAUGAUGGGGCCAUCCUCGGUUUUGUGAAUAAGCAGCAGGCCCAUGACCUGCUCAUCAACAAGCCCGACGGGACCUUCUUACUGCGCUUUAGCGACUCAGAAAUUGGGGGCAUCACGAUCGCCUGGAAGUUUGACUCCCCUGACCGCAACCUGUGGAACCUGAAGCCGUUCACCACGCGGGAUUUCUCCAUCCGGUCCCUGGCCGACCGGCUGGGGGACCUGAGCUAUCUCAUCUACGUGUUUCCUGACCGGCCCAAGGAUGAGGUUUUCUCCAAGUACUACACUCCGGUGCUUGCUAAAGCGGUGGAUGGAUAUGUGAAGCCACAGAUCAAGCAAGUGGUCCCUGAGUUUGUGACAUCUGCAGACUCUGCCGGGAGCAGCGCCACCUACAUGGACCAGGCCCCCUCCCCAGUCGUGUGUCCCCAGGCUCCUUAUAACAUGUACCCACAGAAUCCUGACCCUGUCCUCGACCAAGAUGGAGAAUUCGACCUGGAUGAGACCAUGGAUGUAGCCCGGCACGUGGAGGAACUCCUACGCCGCCCCAUGGACAGUCUGGACCCCCGCCUGUCCCCACCUGCCAAUCUUUUCACCUCUGCCAGAGGCUCGCUCUCCUGAAUGUUUGAAUCCCACACUUGUCUUUUGCAACAAUACUCGAUGUGAAGGGUUCAUAUUAAUUGUGAUUUUACUAUUGCUGUGCAUAUUGAUGCCUUUGCAGGAAGCACGUGUACCCGUGCAUACGUGUACCCAUGCAUACGUGUGUGUAUUUGUGUAGGAGGUGUGCCUGCUUUGCCUUUGCAGUCCUGCAUCAUGUGGCUGGGGCUGCAGCAGCCGCCUUUUUCUUCAGAUCAAGGUGUUCCAAGAGUCCCCUGGCCUGUCUCUGUUGUAGACGAGACUGAGCUGCUUCCGUCAUGUCAGGUACUCGGUGAAGGCAAACCUAAUCCAUAUACCGGGUCUUGGUCUGCUCAGCAGCCAUUUAAGAGGAGGCUUUGCCUCCCGUGUGUGUGUGUGUGUGUGUGUGUGUGUGUGUGUGUGUGUGUGUGUGUGCAUCUGCUCCUGUACACAUGUGUUGGUCUAUUGAUUCUUCCCUCAAGAGGGAGGUUGGGGUUCAAUUCUGAGUAAUAUUUUAUACUUUAUCUAGUGAAUAUGGACUCCAGACUUCUUGUGAACUGACAGCUUAUCUAGGCCGUGGCCAUGUCCCUAACAGCAGAAAUGGGUCAUUUGAGUUGGGCCUGUCAAAGCUGCUCUGAGUGUGUCAUUUCUUGACCUCUUGGCCUCCAGCCAGGAGUGUGAUGCCAUUGCCUAUGCCCUUGCUAUCUUUUCCCACCCAGUAUCCCCUCCCCUCCAUCCGGCCCCAGGCUUCUCUCCUUGCCUCUCUUGCUUAUAGGAAAGGUAGGAGAAGGGAAAAUGGGUCUAGGACAUGGUGGGUGAACAGGGAACCCAGGACUUGCAGGGUUGACCCCCUCCAAUCCUGGGGGGCGGGGGGAAACCUGCAGCGAGCGACAGCAGAAAGUCAGCUGCUUGCUGCCUGCCUGUGGAAUCUGGAGUGAGGGGUGAAAGCUGAUCUCUGCUUCCGUGCUGUUGGGAGGGGGGAACCUGGAAGAGGCCUGAUUACAGUUGCACAACUGGCUGUGGUGUGAGAAGGCUUGGCUUCCAACCUCACUCACUUCGUCCUCAGAGGCUACCUGGCACUCAGCCAGGGGCAGCUGCCGGUGGGGAGAUUGGGAGCCCCAGGUUCAAACCUCUCUGAAGGCAGGUGGGGAUGAGAAGAGGGAGUCUUUUGUACUUUGUACAUAGGCCAUACAUUUGUGAAAACAGUGUUUUUGAAUAAAAUAUGUAUUUUUCUUUUUU